AUGACUCUGUACUUUGAUACUAAAGUGCAGUUUCUCGAUAGUGAAGCUAUUAGCACUGUCAGCUCAUGGCAUUCAGUGGAACCGAUAUUCGCUGUAGCCUCGUAUAGCAAUGAACGCGGAGGAUCCGUUACCAUCUUUGACGAUACGGGUAUUCCGCUUCGAGACGUUUCAUUCCCGGUUCACGCAACUUCUCAAGCAACAGUUUUGACUUGGCAUCCGGAGCGUAAAAUAUUGCUGACAGGUUGGGAGAAUGGUGAGAUACAUGCGUGGUUCGAGGGAAAGCGCGACUUUGCCACCGUCAAUGGGCCUCACAAAUCGCCAAUCAUGCUGCUGGAGUUCAGCGAAAAGGGUGGCCGAAUCAUCACUGCAGACGCGAUGGGCGUUUUAACGGGGUGGCGAUUCGAUGGGCAGUCACAGUUUCUGACCAUGUUCAAUCACGAUUUGCGUGAUCCUCUGCUGCAUAUAACAUUCCGCAAGUCAAUUCAAAGCGCCAGCAGCAAGGAGCUGACAAAUUUGGCCCGGGCAGCGGUUGCUGGUGAUGAGGCGGCAUUGGAUCAGUUGACCAGCUGGAGACCUAGAACGGCUGUUCGUAACAUGGCGCAUGCCAGCGUACAUGACAAUUAUUGUUUUUAUGCGUGUACGCAGGCUGGCAUUCUCUAUUACAUCAAUCAAACUGGCACAUGUACCGAGAUAGUGCGUGGCGAUAGCAUUCCUAUCACCCAAAUAUUGUGGCAUCCAAAGCAGGACUCAAUAGUUAUCCUGAUGGAGGACAUUACCAUUGGUCACUAUGAGGUGGAUUCUAACGGACAAAUCAGUGAGCUGGACCGGGUGAAGUUGUCGGGAAAAGUUUCCGGCUCGAAAAGCUCCAUUACAUGGGUUGCCGGAUGUGCUUUGGCCAUCUUGACGGGUGAUUUGUCUGUGCGCAUCUGGGAUAUCGAAUCAAGCGACAAUUAUGUCCUCUCGAUGGAGCUGACGACUGGUGCGCAGAAAAUUGCUGGCAGUGAUCGCGGCGUCGCUACUUCUACUGCACUGGAAGCGUUUACCUGUGUAGCUUAUUGUACCGACACGCAGACGCUUAGUGCCGGAUCAAGCCAAGGGAACCUGUACACCUGGCGGAGGGCGGCAGGAGGAUAUGGUCUGACGUACACAAAUCCGGAGUGCCAAUGGCAGCUGACGAACAUGACUCCGGUACGUGGUACGAUCAAGAGUCUAGUGUGGGGUACUACAGAGGCUAAUCGUCCGUGCAUGAUGGUGAACUGCUUGUCCAGCGUAUUCAUCCUUAAAGAACAGUCUUUGCUUUCGGCCCAUGCGCGUAACAUUUGGGCAACGCAGAAAAAAUCAAAUGAGCUCCUCAUCCGGCAUUCCUGCGGCCGAGAAGCAGUACUGCGUACGGACAGCUCAAUCAUACACUUGGCACUGAACGAACUACACAUUGUUGUCACAAAUGGACGUUCAAUUAAUGUGUACCGCAUCGAGCAGAUUGGUCCAUUGCGUCACGUGGGUCGUUCAGUUGCAAUUAGUAGCAGUAGUGACACGUUUAGCAACUCGACAGGGGAGGCAGAUACAAAUGCGUUGCAAAUUUCUUUUGUCCACAAUUUUGCCGUGGAUUGUGUAGCUGUUUUUCUGUACGAACAAAGCAUAGUUGCUCUAGCUUCGGAGCAUGUUAAAAUUUAUUCCUUAAGCGGUAUUAUUCUGCAGGAGAUCGUGUUCAACGGUAACGAAGGUAAACCCAUUGGUGUCGAUUUGGUUGGUCCCUAUCUUUCUGUGUUCACGCUAAACGGUUAUAUAAGAUUGUAUGAUGUGUCGCGACACGAAAUUCGGUUGUUAACACCGCCAAAGUGUGCUUAUGAUUUGUUCGAAAAGUUUGGCGAAAUCAUCAUGGCGCGGACGAACGCGAAUGGAACUUAUGUUGCCUUAACUAUCGCUAACGAACAACUGGUGCCGGAUGGUAAAGUCUAUCUAUGGAACCUUGAGAAUAAUGUAAUUAGCUCGCGCGAAUUUUAUACGAAUGAGCAGCAUAAUCGAGGUCGAUGGAUGAAAAACACAGUUGAUAUGGCUGCCGGUGUUUCAUUCGCCUCUUCGGGUACGCAAUGCUUACCAAUUAGAUUUUUCUGGGACGCGGACGACGCGCGUUUGCUAGCAUGUGAAACUAAACCUCUACCCAAGCAAAUACCAGCAGUGCGCACUCUGCAACCGGAGUCGCAAAUACAUGUCAUGUUCGUAGAUACUCAAAGCUCAGAGUUAGCGGUGCUGGAAGUUUUGGAACCAGGCACCGUUGGUGGCGCAGCCUCUGCCCCGAUCGAACAGCUGGAACUCAUCGGUUUAUGCGUGCCACAUCUGAUCGUAUUGCGAAGAAACGAGAUCGCGCGUCUGUCACUGAGAGAUUUUAAAGGUCUAGAUGACUGCGAUUUGGCCACUCGUGAAAUGGUGCUAAAUUUCAGUCUGAACGUGGCUCAGGAGAAUAUGGACCAAGCAUUCAGUUGUAUCAGAUCGCUUCGUUCCGACACGGUGUGGGCCAAUCUUGCGCGACUUUGCGUCCAGACUGGGCGGUUGGAUGUGGCCAAAGUUUGCCUCGGUCAUCUACGACGUGCACGAUCCGUUCGGGCGUUACGGCGCGCAAUGGAAGAUACGACACUAGAGCCUGAGGCGCGUGUAGCGGUGUUGGCAAUCGAGCUGGGAAUGCUGGAUGAAGCGGAAGCGCUGUAUAAACGUUGCGGUCGGUAUGAUCUGCUGAACAAACUGUAUCAGGCUUCGGGGCGUUUCGAGGAGGCUCUAGAAGUUGCGGAGCACUUCGACCGCGUUCACCUGCGCAACACCUACCACAAAUAUGCCGAAUGGCUAAAGGAGUGUGGCAAGACACAAAAGGCUAUACAGUACUACGAGAGGACGAACAGUCUCAUGCACAACAUCAGUCAGCUGCUAAUGGAUGACCCGGCUGCGUUGAAGCAGUACAUGCAGGCAACAUCCAACCCGGAGCUGCUGCGAUGGUGGGCGCAGUACGUCGAGAGCAGUGGUGACAUGGAGGGGGCCUUCAAGAUAUAUCAGCGAUCGGGGGACUGGUUCUCGCAGGUGCGUAUCCUGUGCUUUAUUGGUCAGGUUGCUCGGGCCGACGAAAUAGCGCGUGGUAGUGGCGAUCGUGCUGCCUGCUACCAUCUGGGGCGGUACUACGAGAAUAGCGGCAAGCUCCAGGAAGCGAUCCAGUUCUAUGCUCGAGCGCAAACGUAUGGGAACGCGGUGCGUAUCUGUAAAGAGAAUGAUCUGUCAGAUGAUCUGUGGACGGUAGCGUGCACUGCUCGACCUCGCGAUAAGGCUUCAGCGGCGGCGUAUUACGAGGAAUCUGGAGAUUAUCGCCGCGCGGUGGAGCUGUAUCAUCGAGCCGGAAUGCUGCAUAAAGCGGUUGAAAUGGCCUUCAAAUCGCAGCAACCCGAAUCGCUGCAAGUGAUCGCAUCUGAGCUGGAUGCCACGUCCGAUCCUGACUUAGUGGCGCGUUGCGCUGAUUUCUUCAUCGGUAUUGAGCAGCCGUACAAAGCGGUUCAGCUGUUGGCGAAUGCGCGACAGCUGGCGAAGGCGUUGGCUGUUUGCGCCGAACAUCACGUACCACUCACUGAGACACUUGCCGAGCUUUUGACACCUGCUAAGGACGAUUUGCCAGAGAACGAACGUACAACGUUGCUGCUACGAUUGGGCGAAAUACUACAGGAGCAAGGAGAUUAUCACGCGGCGACUAAGAAGUUCACCCAGGCAGGCGACCGUGUACGAGCCAUGAAAAGUUUGCUUAAAUCAGGUGACACAGAUAAGAUUAUUUUCUUCGCUGGUAUGUCCCGGCAGAAGGAGGUGUACGUAAUGGCUGCGAACUACCUGCAAGCGCUCAACUGGCAGAAUGACGCCAAGAUAUUGAAAAACAUCGUUACUUUCUAUAGUAAAGGGCAAGCCUACAGUCAGUUGGCAAACUUUUACGCCAACUGUGCCCAGGCCGAAAUCGAUGAGUUCCGAGAUUAUGAUAAGGCACUGAAUGCAUUGCAGGAGGCCUCCAAGUGCUUGGCUCGGGCGUCGUCCACUCCCUCCACUUCCCAUCCAGCGGCACUCGACACUUUGCAACUGGCCAUGGCCGAAGUGAGGCGUGUUAUCGAGUUGCAGGAUGCUACAGAGCGACGCGAGUACAGCAAUGUCAUCAAGCUGAUUAAGGUGCGCUUGGAGGAAAAUCAGGAUCCGCCACCACCGGUACGUGUUUGGGAUUUACUCACCUUGCUUGUAGAAUGCUUGGUAGCAAGCGGACAGCACUCAGAGGCAUUGUACUAUGUGCGUGAAUUGGCACAGCGAAAGCCGGACUGGUACCAUCAGGAAUUGUUGGAUAAAGCUAUUCUCGACCGACUGGUAGCAGAUACUGGUGUCAAUCUUGAUCCGUACGUGAACGUGGCAAAGGUGAAGCGACCUGCGACGGCCACUAUCUCAAGUAUGAGCGACGACGAAGAGAUACAAGAGCAGUUUGACUAG